UCAUCGAUAUAAAACUUUAACACAGCUAGACAUUAUUUGACACUGUAUUAUAGCUCUUCUUCGUUCGACUACUCUCCACACCACAGUUGCGAAAACUACAAAAUGACUAUUGAUUUCUACUACGCAAGGUGGAGUCCGCCAUGCAGGACUGUGGAAUUGGUAGCGAGCAUCUUGAAUGUUAAACUCAAUCCAAUUGUGACGACUCCGAGCAAAGGAGAUACGCAAAGACCUGAAUACAAACAAAUGACUCCUCAGCAUACUAUUCCAACCAUCGUUGACAACGGUUUUGUUUUGAGCGAAAGCCGAGCAAUUUGCAAAUAUCUCGUAGAGAAAUACGGUUCUGCCACAGGAGCGUAUUCUAAAGAGCAGCUCUACCCGAAAGAUUUACAAAAAAGAGCGACGAUUGAUCACCGCAUUGAUUUCGAUUUGGGAGCUCUAUACAGAAGAGCAUCUGAUUAUUUCGGCCCAGUGUUCGCGACCGGACACUAUGGAACUGCUGCUUUACCAAAAUUGAAAGCCGCCUUGGAAAUACUCGACGCAUAUUUGGCCAAAACAAAAUGGGUAGCUGGGCCUGAAGUAACUCUCGCCGAUAUCGUUAUAGUGGUUACUAUAUCAUGUUUGGAGAUUGUGGGAUAUGAUCUGACCAGUUAUCCUAAUGUAUUGAGAUGGUUUAAGGCCGCACAAACAACGUUACCCAAUUACAACGAAGCCAAUCACGAGGGAACAAUAGAAUUUAAAGAGUAUCUGUUUUCAAAACUGCUAGAUUAAAAAUCUAUCAAAUAUUGUAAAUAUUAAUUUACACCGUUCGUUAAUUAUAAUAACGUUAAAAAAAAUCAAAAAUGCUGAUUGUAAUAAUUCAAAUUUUAAAAAUACCUUAAUGUGAAUUUUUUUCUGUAGAUUAUUCAUUCAUCAAUAGGAAAAUAAAAUACGUUUUAAUGAAUAA